UAGAAUGGCGUGAUAAUAUCGGUAUAUUUACAGUGCAAUGUCGGUUAGUAUGAGUAGGCCUAAUAUCCGUCUCAAACUGGCUGUAAAAGCUGUGACUCUUUUACAGUUUUCCACUGAAACAAACGACAGGUAGUUUCACAACAAUGACCAAGAAACGGAAGAAGAUACGGAUUUCGAAGGGAAAGCUUGUUAUGAAGGAUAAUGGUGCAACAGGGAUUGGCGAGCCUAGCAUCUACCAUGCUCUCAUUGUCAUCUUCCUGGAGUUCUUUGCCUGGGGGCUGCUCACAAACCCAAUGCUUACGGUGCUUGAUGAAACAUUCAAAGAACACACCUUCCUGAUGAAUGGACUAGUCCAAGGUGUCAAGGGUCUUUUGUCCUUUUUGAGUGCCCCCCUGCUAGGAGCCCUGUCAGACGUGUGGGGGCGUAAAUCCUUCCUCCUGCUCACCGUGUUCUUCACCUGCAUGCCAAUACCCCUCAUGAGAGUCAGUGCCUGGUGGUUCUUCGCCAUGUUGUCAGUGUCUGGCAUGUUUGCUGUCACUUUCUCCAUCAUAUUUGCAUAUGUUGCCGACAUCACAGAUGAGUCCGAAAGAAGUUCUGCCUACGGUUUGGUGUCGGCCACAUUUGCAGCCAGCCUCAUUACCAGCCCGGCGCUGGGCACCUAUCUGGGCAGUGUGUAUGGCGACAACUUUGUGGUGUUCCUGGCGACAGCGGUGGCGCUGUGUGACGUGCUGUUCAUCCUGGUAGCCGUGCCCGAGUCGCUGCCGGAGAAGGUGCGGCCGGCCUCCUGGGGAGCCGCCAUCUCCUGGGAGCAGGCCGACCCAUUCAGUUCAUUACGAAAAGUAGGUCAAGAUUUUACCGUGUUGAUGUUGUGUAUAGCAGUAUUCCUAUCCUAUCUACCAGAGGCAGGCCAGUACUCCUGUAUAUUCCUCUACCUUAGAAUAGUGGGUCACUUUUCAGAGCAGCAGGUGCCAGCCUACAUAGCGGUGGUAGGAGUGCUGUCAGUAUUAGACCAGACAAUAUUAUUAGGGUUUCUAAUACGUACCAUGGGCCACAAGCACACUAUCAUGUUGGCACUGGUCUGCGAGAUGUUGGAGCUCAUGUGGUACGGGUUCGCCUCCCACCAGUGGAUGAUGUGGGUGGCCGGCAUCAUCGCAUCGGUCUGCAGCAUCAACUACCCUGCCAUCAGCGCGUUGGUCAGCAGGAGCUCGUCCGCUGAUAAGCAAGGUGUCGUGCAGGGCAUGGUCACCGGCAUCCGGGGCCUGUGCAAUGGUCUGGGUCCCUGCCUCUUUGGGGUGAUCUUCUACUUCUUUGGUGUGAACCUGGACGUGAAGAACAAUGAGAACCCGACUCCCCAAACCUCACCUCAUUCCGUCAUACCUGGCCCGCCCUUUGUCUUCGGCGCCUUUCUUGUCAUUGUGGCCCUCCUCUUCGCCUACUUCAUCCAGUCUUCUGAUUCGGUUGGGGCCGGUGCUGCGGGCCCUGCCCACUCUUCCCAGCUCUCCCCCCGCAGCACGGAAGGCAGCCAGCCGCUCUUGUCGGACGUGGAGACGGGCCACAGCGGGAGUGUCACCCUGGUGGAUGAAGCUAACCCCUGAUGGUGCUUGCCAACAAGUCAGUUGGAGGUGAAUUUGUUUGCAUCACAUGGAAGUUGUUGGACAGCAUGGAUACAUGAUGGGUUCUGCCAAAGACGAGUUCUUCAUGGCUGCUUAUCAAAAGUAGGGUUUCUGUAGCUCGUUAGAAAUAUGGAUCUUGUCCUCAAAUUGUUGAUAAAGAAAAAACACCUUCUCCAGUGGAAUUAUGCCCAUUUGAAAUUUGUGAUGACACAGAAUAAGAAAUCGAUUGCUGAAGUUUGGGGUAUCGUUCUUCUUCAUGUAUGCACAUGUAGUUUUAGGCAUUGCGCCUUCACUGAAAAUCUCCCGCUCAAGAGCUUGCUUGCCUUGAUCAGGAUCCUCGACAAAAUCCUCAGAAUCAUCAACCUUUACAGGCAGAAUACAGUCCGAAUUGUUCAAAAGAUAUCUGGAUGUUUUUAAUAGCAUAAACUGAAAAAAAAAUCAUGCUCCAAUUUCAAAUGGAUUCUCAUUUCAAGAUCCGGUAAGAACUGUCUGGCUUUUGGCAGAACAUGUUGUGUUUUCCAGUCCAGUUCUUUGAGUUGUAGGUUGUGUGCUGGUAAUCACACGGUUGCCAUCUCUGACUAGGGUGCCUUUCACUGAGACACGUAACAGGAAAAUUCCGCUAAGCACGUUUCUACACUGAGCACAAAAGAGAAGAAACAGUGGCAGUACGCACAACGUAACUUGUGGUGUGUAACCGUUCUUGCCAAGUGCUACAGCGAAAAAUUAAAAACAAAAUAGUCGUGCUUCCUGUUUCCUGACCUAUCCGGUUUUGACUGUGUGACCCUAAAGUUUCAUUGGCGGAUAUUUGGUAACAGGAGGCAGGACAAAUUUUUUGGUAAAUCAGAAUUGUUUUUGUCCUUAGCACAUUUUUAUGUACCUUGCAGUUUUACCACACCAUAUCCUUUUUUGCCUUUGAUCUCUGUUUUGCGAGAACCAACUGCUCCGACACUGAAUGUAUCCAUACCUGACGUGACGGCCGAUUUAUAGGUGUUGUUGUCAAGACCCCACAAGACCAAUGCAGACCUCCAGUCCGAGUUCAAGUCACAGGCCAUUCAAAUGAACUUCCAACAAAAGUAAUUCCCCCAUCAUUGUUCCUCCCUCUAACUUGUGACUGGUCUCGUAUCUGUUCCUUUGACAGUCUUGACUACAAUGCUGCAUUGUGUAAGGCUUUGCCAAAAAAUUACACGACCGAUUGUCAAAAUGGGGGCAAAAAUAGCAUGUAGCAAAGAGCACAUUGGCGUCUAGUCAUGCAACUCUCAAAAUCUACAUCAUUUAUAAUGCCAGCAAUUCAGAUCAGGUAUGAAAUAAAAUUCCACUUGUCAAGCAGCAUGACUUGAUGAAUAAUGUGUAUAUUGAAGUCAAAGUGUGCAGAGCUUCUGGCCUGAACAAGUUAAAUGACUGAAAUAGUGAAUACCUUUUGCAGCAAAGUUGCAAAAAAUAUUUUAAUUUUUGUUUGUGUGUUGUUUUUUGUUGGUUAAGCUGUCAGUGAGGUUUAGAUUCUGAAGUGGAUGUUCAAAUUACUAAAACACCAACUCCUAUAUUUUCUGGGUCAAAGAUGCUAAAAUGUUCACAGUGUUUCCCUGUUACUAUUUGCAUGUCAGAUAUAUCUCAGACAAAAAAGCUUUGAACCUUUUGAAUACAUCAUUGUUUAUUGGCUCUCCAUAUCGCUAGCUGUGCAUGGCUACCUUUGAUGGGGUUUCUUCAAAAAUACAUUCACAUGUGCAUGUACCUUGGAAAGGCGACUGGUUUUGUGGUCGUACAUGUACAUGUACCAGGCUACAUAUGUAUGUGUUUUUUUCCAUCUGACAGGUAUGCCAAGGACGUUGCACUGUGUGGCAAAAUUUGGUAUUUUUAUCUUGAAAUUCUCGCAUUUACCACCAGAUCCUUUAAAAAUUGAAAAGUUGUAGUAGAAAUUGAUGGAGUCUCCUAGUUGAUUGCCAGGGAAUGAGGACAUUCUUGCAUAAUGAGGUGUGGUUAUGUUCUUCUACACGACAUGAUACUUCAGCAUUCAUAUGUCUACUUGGUCAAAUUUGGAUGGUAGGUUGCUUAAGACACAUGAUUAAAAAAAAGAGUGUGUAUCGUACAUUUAAGUCCAAUCCCUCCAAAAGUCUGAAUUUUCUGACUAAUGAGGCAUCAGAUCUAUAGGCCGAAAUAAACCCAUAAAGAAUCGUCGGUCUUAUGAGGCGUCAGACUUAUGGACUUUUUUUAAACGUAUUUUUCACACUUACGAGGCGUCAGACCUAUGAGGUGUCAGAUUCAUGAGCUGACCCCCCAAAAAGGCAAUGUUGAUUAUGCUCAGAGUUCCAUGACAUGAUUCUUUUUACCACAUACUGUGUGAGAUAGCAAAUAUUAUAAUUGGUAAUACCUUUGGUGGGAUAAUUCAUUGAGGUUAGACAUUGGUAUCUGACAUACUGAUAUGUAGGCACCUGAGAUUACUUGUUGGGAAAUUGACAGUUGAUGCCUUCCAUGGCCCACUUGCAUGAUUUCCAGCAAUUUGAAUAAGUGAGCGAUUGUAGAAAAGUGGUCAGUAAACUGUGAUCCAUAUAUUUUGUUAUCCAUGCCAAGUUGAAGUGAACCGUCGCCGGUGCAGAAGACACUGGUUGGUAGGAAGUUUUUCAUCACAAAUUGUGCAAUUACUUGGUGCACAUGGGAAGACCCCCACAUGUACAUUCAUACAGUAAAUGGAUGUGCCUUAAUACUCACCACAUGCUGUGCCAAAUUUGCAUAAACCUGUGCAAGCAAGUGGUGACUCCUUCACCUAAGGACUUUUGUUUCUAAUAAUGUAAAAACACCCCCUCUAUUGUUCCCACUCAUAGCGGAUACUGUGUGUGCCAUCAAUUUAUACCAACCCACUCAGUGAUGUAGCUACAUUUUUUUGCAGAGUGGGCAUUUUUGUCCAUCAAGAAACUGAUCAGUAUAGAUAUCUUGUACGGUACCAAUCUUUUGAAUGAAAUAAGGUUACCACAUUGGGUUGUAAAUGUAUGGAAUGCUUCAAAUUCGAUCCUUUCUGAUAUAUAUCAACUUCGGAUCAGCGGUUACACUGCUGAGAUGCAUGCAGUAGAGUCAGCAAAGGGACUGCAAUUCAUUUACAGUGGCCAUAUGCUAUCCUUCAAAAUCCUCCUGGAGCCUUGCCACUAUUACAUGGAAUUGGAUGUUUCUUGAAAAGCAAGCACAAAGAUUUUUAGUGGUUGGUUUCCCAUACAGAGGAGGAUUUUGGAGGUUUCAGGAAGAAAAAUACUUAGAGAGUUGAAGUACACAGCUGUGAUGUCAAUUCCAGAACCAGGUGGCCCAGACAGUGUUUACACACACCCCUGCUUUCACUGUGCACAUUCUUGUACAGUGCCAUUGCAUGUUCUUGAUGAAAAAAUGUUGUUAAUACUACCUUGCCAAUCAUGUGUGAAUAUACAUUCACUAGCCAAAGAUGAUUUACUAGCCAAAGCAGUGAUGUUAAGCAAUAUUGGGCCUGCUAGCAUUUCCAGAAAUACGCAGGGACAAUCGUCCCAUAAUGAAAUCCUGAAAGGAUGUACUGUUCCCACCUAACUGCUUUGCAAGUGGUAUCAGAAUUGUUCUCAGAUUGGUUUUGCUGCUUGUCCCAAAGACUCCAUCAAAAUGAAGCAUAACUUUGAAGAACAUUCGUGUCCUAAUCUGUUUGCUUUGCAUUGUCCAGCCGUGUAUUGUAAAUAAAUCUACAAGACAGUAAUCAAAAUGUGUGGGUUUCCCAAGUAAUUCUGUACGUGCUGUCGACAAGAUGGCAAAACCAGAGUCCUGAUGUAAGCAUUCAAAAUACAAGAUUUUGGUUUAAUUAGUGGGCCAAUCUGUGAGGUACAUGUAUGUACACCAAAUGAUUAGUGAAUAGGAGUGAAAUAGGAAGCAGAUACAGAGAGUGAAAUCACCUGUUUCCAGAAGUGUUCUGGAGCAGUGCCAAAAUGUUAUUUUUCUGAAACUGUCAAUUGGGUCCAUCGGGCCAACCUUUUACAUGUACCUCAUGGCUGUUCCCGAAAGAGCUGUGUUGUCUUAUUUCAAUUCACAGCUGUACGUUCAUUUGAUAACCCAACAAAAUUGGCAUCACUACCAGGGGCCACUGUGACUUUACUAUGUCAAACAUUUGCAUUGAAGGGGCUGAUGAAAAUGUCUUGGGUGGUGAACCACAUAUCAUAUCAAUAACAUCUUGAAGCAAGACUACUUGGGGCCCUAUAGAUACACUGCUCUCCUGCCAGAGUCUAGCCAUGUACUAAUUUAUUUGGCUAAGGAUGAGAAUAAUACAUGUGCCUGUGGAAAAUAAAUUUUGCCGUUAGCUGGCAGCUUCCAUAGGCCACAUAUCACUUUCAGCCAUAGCCAAGUAAUCUAGACUCGGCCUAAGAAUAUUCCUGAAUAUAUCUCAUAGGGCUUGUAAGCACACCAUGUUACUUGUUCCAGAAAGUUUUCCAAGGAAGCAGGAUGAAAGAUCAAGCUGUGUUUGUUGCUUUUGGUCAGUUAUACUCUGUUUUUUUUUGUUGAGUCAAUUUGCAUAGAACUUUUUUUGUCAACUUGAAGUUAGGCCUGGAGCUCUGAAAAUUCAUACAAGCCUUGCCAACCUGUCUGUGUCUCAAACCCAAAUCUUGAUUUGUUAAAAAAGGUGUGAAUGUGCAUUCUUACCAAAAGGCUGGCACCUGUCCCCAGGGGGAGAUUCAGAACCAAAUUGUCAGAGGACCAAAAUCUGGAAAUCUCUCUAUGAAACUUUUUUGUGGCAUUUCUGAGGAAUAAAACCUCAUUUGGAAGGCUUUUACACGCUUUUUGAAGAAAUGAAAUUGAAACAUUCUCCAAGUCACCACUUUCCCUUUAUUUGUAAAAAAAAGGAAGUGUUGGGGAGGGUCACAUCGCCCCCCCCCCACCCGAACCAUCUGUGAUUGUCCCUACUCUAUUUUGUAAUGUAUUUCUGAUGAGGUGAAUGUACUUGGUCAAACUGUGAAAUAACCUUAACAGAAAAAAAAA